AUGCUCUGCGCCCUAUGCUCUGCGCCCUAUGCUCUGCGCCCUAUGCUCUGCGCCCUAUGCUCUGGGGGGGUGGCGCACAACAUAGCGGAGUGCAUGGCAGCACUCUCCGCCGCGCCCUUCCUCAUCUCCGCUGUGGGGGAUGACGCUGCACGCAGGUCGCACUGCUGCAUGCAGGUCGCAAUGCUGCUCUGCUCUGCUCCCCAUCUGUUCCUCCCCAUCUGUUCCUCCCCAUCUGUUCCUCCCCAUCUGUUCCUCCCCAUCUCUAUUCCUCCCCAUCUGUUCCUCCCCAUCUUUUCCUCCCCAUCUGUUCCUCCCCAUCUGUUCCUCCCUAUCUGUUCCUCUCCAUCUGUUCCUCCCCAUCUGUUCCUCCCCAUCUGUUCCUCCCCAUCUGUUCCUCCCCAUAUGUUCCUCCCCAUCUGUUCCUCCCCACCUGUUCCUCCCCAUCUGUUCCUCCCCAUCUGUUCCUCCCCAUCUCUGUUCCUCCCCGUCUGUUCCUCCCCGUCUGUUCCUCCCCGUCUGUUCCUCCCCGUUUGUUCCUCCCCAUCUUUUCCUCCCUAUCUGUUCCUCCCCAUCUGUUCCUCCCCAUCUGUUCCUCCCCAUCUGUUUCUCCCCAUCUGUUCCUCCCCAUCUGUUCCUCCCCAUCUCUGUUCCUCCCCAUCUGUUCCUCCCCAUUUGUUCCUCCCCAUCUGUUCCUCCCCAUCUCUUCCUCCCCAUCUGUUCCUCCCCAUUUGUUCCUCCCCAUCUCUGUUCCUCCCCAUCUAUUCCUCCCCAUCUGUUCCUCCCCAUCUGUUCCUCCCCAUCUGUUCCUCCCCAUCUGUUUCUCCCCAUCUGUUCCUCCCCAUCUGUUCCUCCCCAUCUCUGUUCCUCCCCAUCUGUUCCUCCCCAUUUGUUCCUCCCCAUCUGUUCCUCCCCAUCUCUUCCUCCCCAUCUGUUCCUCCCCAUUUGUUCCUCCCCAUCUCUGUUCCUCCCCAUCUAUUCCUCCCCAUCUGUUCCUCCCCAUCUGUUCCUCCCCAUCUGUUCCUCCCCAUCUGUCCCACCCCUUUCGGAAGGAAUGAGGGAGGAAGGACGGGUGGAGAUGGUGAGAUGGGGAGAGGGGAAGAGCGGAAGACGAGGGGAAGCGCGAGUGACUGGGAGGCAAGCCCGACGACGGGACGCGCGAGCGACGAGGGGAGGCAAGGGCGGCGAGGAUCGGCACGGGUGAUGAGGGGAAGCGCGAGCGACGAGAGGGAAUGUGGGUGA